GUAUAAAUAGUGGUCUAAUUUGUAUCUGACAUUCAUUUAUUGUGUAUAAUAACUGUAAUAAUAUUCUGUUGUUAAAAAUGAAGUCAACAGUAAUUUUGCUCCUAAUUCUCACUUUUGGAUCAAAACAGAUAUAUUCUGAUAAUCCAAAAGUGGCGGCAAUGAAAAUGUUUAAGGCGCUAACAAAUCCUGAUGUUUACGACAAAGACAUAUCACCUCAAUUGGGAGAAAAUGCACCUGUAACAGUUAACGUGACCAUGUACGUGAUAGAGUACGAACACAAUCCAUUGGCCAGACGUUGGAAUGACCGGCGAUUGUCUUCGUUGAGCGCCGAUGUUAUCGGAAGUCAAUCACUGGCCGAUCGGCUUUGGAUUCCCGACACCUUCUUUAGCAACGCUAUUGACGUGAAGGUCAUGUCUUACCCGACGGACAACGUCUUCGUUGCCAUAUAUCCGGACGGAGGCGUCCAUCACAGCCAAAGAAUACAACUAACACUUCGGUGCAAAGGACCGCCCCCUCAGACCCACAAAAACACCAAAACUACAGACAUUUGUCUCAUUGAUAUUGAGUCGUACGGUCAUAAUAUGACUGACAUUGAGUACGAUUGGGGUAAUCGGCCGAACUCUGUUGACCUUGGUCAUAAAUUUCUUCUGGCUGGCAUUAAAAGCAAGACCGAUCGGAUACAAUUAAGCACAGGAAAAUAUUCAAAACUUAUGGCAGAGUUUGAGUUCGUGUGCAGAGACUGUUCGCCCAAGCAAUCACUCGAUGCAAUGUUGCAUGAGUCAAUGCAUUUCGAUGAUCCAACAUCGAUUGCAAUGAAUAACUUUAAAUAUAUAACAAACCCUAAGCUGUACGAUAAGGAUCUUAGGCCUAAUUUAAAGGACAAUAAUACCGUGAAAAUUGGAUUGACCAAGGAAUUGUUUGUAAACUUUUACUUCCGCCAAACGUGGACUGACCCGCGUCUACAAUACAACGACCAAAUGACGAACGGGGUGAAAGUGGUGGGCGGAUUGGCCAUCAUCAAACGCAUUUGGACACCCGACACAUUCUUCCCAAACUCUCAUUUAGUCGAGUUAUUCCGCUUUCCGGCGCCAAACAUAUUC